UCACUUAUACCACUCUAGACUUUUAUAUAGUAUGGUACAUGUUUCCGGAACAUUUACAUUUAACAAAGAUAUACAUAUACAACUUUAACACAAACACUGUUCCGGCUUAAUUGAAUUUUCUUAACUUUAGUAGUCUAUAAAUACCGUUUUCAAAGAAAAGGAAGUAAAUUAAUAAAUGCAAUAUUUAAGUGGAUAUAAAUCUUAAAUCUUGUCGUGAGAAAGAAAUGAAAUUGAUAAUAAUAGGAUAAAAUGGCGGCUAAGGAUGGUGACAAUGCAUCGGAUGAAAUUAUAGACAGCAAAUGCUCUGUGUGUGCUGGGAAAAAUAUAAAGCGAGAAGCUGAAAAAUACUGUGUAGAAUGUCAGGACUAUUACUGUAUACCAUGCACAGACACGCACAAAACUUUUCCGGCAUUGAGAGGACAUAAAUUGCUGGAUAAAGCUGAUUUCAGUACACAUGGUCUACAGUCAUCGUUACCGUCUUUUCCAACAGAGAGAUGCCUGAUUCAUAAAGCGAAACUUUUGGACAUGUUCUGUAAGAACCAUGAUGAGGUUGUCUGUGCCACUUGUGUUGCUAUAAAUCACAGAGCAUGCCGAGAUAUACACUCUGUUCCGGAUGAAGCUGACAAUCUAUACAAACAAUCAGCUUCUGAUCAAACCAAGAAAGAACUUCUCGCAUCAAAGAAAGCUUUAGAUGAUAUAAGAAAGACCAAACAGCAACUCCUCAGUGACCUAAAGAAACAAAAGCAGAGAGCAACUGAUUCUAUCAUUACCUACAGGAAAGAACUGGAAGCCGAGCUCAAGAGACUUAAAACAGAAUCACUUAAAGAAGUUGAUGCACAGUAUAAUAGUAUGGAAAGAGGUCUACAGAAUGAGAUCAAAGAAGCAGAGCAACAUAUUGAUGCCUUGGAACAAUCUGCUGCCAAGCUGCAAAAGUCCGAAGGAAAUAAAGCCCAAGAAUUUGUUUGUGUCAAAACUGCUCAGAAAAAAAUUCUUACAGCUAAAAGGUCUACAAGUAAAAAACAAACGGAAGUGAAAAUAAGUUUUUCUGCUGAUAUGGAAGUCAAAAACUACCUUAAACAGUUAAAGUCAUUUGGACAGGUGUCUGCUGCAGAAGCAACUUACCAGCCAAGAAACACAAUGUACAAAGUAAAACAGAAAAGUAAUAUUGAUAUUCGGCUUACAGAAGACAAAUGUUCAUGCAGUAUAUUUGGAUCCUGUUUUACUGAGGAUGGCUCGUUGCUACUUGCUGAUAGCAAAAAUAACAAACUGAAAUAUCUGGAUGUGUCUACAGAUACCAUCAUAAAUGAUCUAGAUCUGGAGGCAGAACCUACUGCGGUAUGUCUAACCAGUGAACAAGAAGCUGCAGUAAGUCUGAACAACAAGACCAUACAGUUUGUAUCACUAGGAGACAAGAUGGCAACAACAAGGAAACUGAAGAUGGGUCAUAACUGUUAUGGUUUGGCCUUCUAUGAUGGGAAAUUUUUCAUAUCUAAUGAAGACGAAACAGUUUAUAUUCAUGAUAUAAAUGGCACCAUGUUACAUAAAGUCACAGCUGACCAAUCAGGCAACCCAAUUUUCAGCGACAUCAAACAUGUAAGUGUGGGUACAAACAGAGACCGAGUGUAUGUGACUGAUAAUGAUACAGGUGUGAUAACUUUAGACAUACAGGGAAAUUAUCUAUCAACAUUCACUGAUCCUGAUUUAGUUUAUCCUCAGGGAGUAUGUACAGAUAAGAGAGGAAACAUUCUGGUCUCUGGGUAUGGAUCAUCAAAUAUUGUCCAGAUAAGUGAGGAUUCAAAAACAAAGAUUGGCAUAUUAAAAACAGAAAUAUAUCCAUUAUCAGUCUGUUUUGAUCCAUACCAGAACAGACUAGUUGUAACUCAUAAUGAAAGCAAUACUAUAGAAGUCUAUGAGCUGGAGUAAAAUACAUUUACUGCUGCUGAUAUAACAACUACAAACACUGAAUGUCACUUACCUUUUAAGUCAUAAAACACAAUUAAAGUCAUUAUUUACAUUGUAAUGAUAAAAUAUUAUUUAUAGCAAGACAUAAUAAAAUGAGUUUAACACAUAAAAUAGGAUUAUAUAAAUAUUAGGGAUGGCAACGAAUAUUAGAAUACUUGAAUAUUCGUUUAUGACACGAAUAUUCGAAUACUGUUUCACUAUUCGAAUAUUCGGAAAAAAUAUAAGAUCAUAAGAAAGAUAUAAAAACCUAUCGAAGGAACCAGUAUGUUCGUCUAUCUAAUUUACCCAAAUUCGCUUUCAUAUACGCGCGAAAAUGGCUUCUUUUCGGUAGGUGCGAACCGAACCGUAUGUAAUUAGAAAUCAUCAGGAAGCACUUGAACUAAUGACUCGGAUUUCAAAGAUGAACAAGCGAUGAGAACGAUUAGUCAAUCUUAAUUCGACAAUGUCUGAAUUACUUCUGGUGUAAACGAAAGUAGAAUUGAUGCAGAUCGCUGCUAAGGACCAUUCGAAUAUUCGAAUAUUCGUUCGGAAGGUUGACCGAAUAUUCGCCUUACCAAAAUUGCUAUUCGUUGCCAUCCCUAAUAAAUAUCUAAAAAUAAAAUGAAAGAUUUUUACUGCACAGAUUUAUUUAAGAAUUCUAACAAGAGCAAAACUACCUAAGAGCAGUUAGUAAAGUAUAGAUAUAUUUCGUUAAGAAUUAUAUGAAUAACUUUUCAUUUAAACAAGAGGGCCAUGAUGGCCCUAUAUAGCUCACUAGAGUUAAUUAUUAAGACAAACAUUCUGACAAAGUUUCAUAAAGACUGAGUCAAAAUUGUGGCCUCUAAAGUGUUCAAAAGUUUUUCCUUUGAUUUGACAGGGUGACCUAGUUUUUGAUCCCACACGACCCAGAUUCGAAUUUGACCUAGAAAUCAUCAAGGCAAUCAUUGUAACCAAGUUUCAUCAGUAUUGUGUCACAACUGUGGCUUCUAGAGUGUUAACAAGCUUUUUCUUUGAUCUGGCCUUCUGACCUAGUUUUUGACCCCACAUGACCCAGUUUCGAACUUGACCUAAAAAUCAUUAAAAAAAACAUUCUGACCAAGUUUCAUAAAGAUUAAGUCAAAAUUGUGGCCUCUAAAGUGUUUACAAGUUUUUCCUUUGAUUUGACGGAUUGACCUAGUUUUUGAACCCGUAUGUCCCAGAUUUUAACUUGAACUAGAAAACAUCAAGAAAAUCAGUCUGACUAAGACUCAUAAAUAUUGGGUCACAGCUGUGGCCUCUAGAGUGUUCGCAAACUUUACCUUUGAUCUGGCCUACUGACCUAGUUUUUGAACCCAUAUGACGCAGUUUUACAAGACAAUCAUUCUGACCAAGUUUCAUAAAUAUUGGUUUACAACUGUGGCCUCUAGAGUGUUCAAAAGCUUUUCCAUUGAUCUGGCCUUGUGACCUAAUUUUUGACCGCACAGGACCCAGUUUCAAAUUUGAACUAGAAAUCAUCAAGAUAAAUAUUAUGACAAAGUUUCAUAAAGAUUGAGUUAAAAUUGUGGCCUCUAAGGUGUUCACAAGUUGUUCCUUUGACUUGACCGGGUGACCUAGUUUUUGACCCCACAUGACCCAAAUUCAAAUUUGACCUAGAAAUCAUCAAGGCAAUUAUUCUGAGAAAGUUUCAUAAUAUUGGGUCACAACUGUUGCCUCUAGAGUGUUCACAAGCUUUUACUUUGAUCUGGCUUACUGAACUAGUUUUUGAACCCACAUGACUCAGUUUCAAACUUGACCUAUAGAUCAUCAAGACAAAAAUUGUGGCCUCUAGAGUGUUCACAAGCUUUUCCUUUGAUUUGACGGGUUAACCUAGUUUUUGACCCCAAAUGAUCCAGAUUCAAAAUUGGCCUAAAACUCAUCAAGACAAUCAUUCUAACCAAGUUUCAUUAAUAUUGGAUCACAACUGCGGCCUCUAUAGUGUUCACAAGCUUUUUCUUUGAUCUGGCCUACUGACCUAGGUUUUGACCCCACAUAACCUAGUUUCAACCUUGACCUACAGAUCAUCAAGACAAACAAUCUGACAAAGUUUCAUAAAGAUUGAGUCAAAAUUGUGGUCUCUAGAGUGUUCACAAGCUUUUCCUUUGAUUUGAUUGGGUGACCUAGUUCUUGACCCCACAUGACGCAGAUUCAAACUUGACCUAACACUCAUCAAGACAAUAAUUCUGACCAAGUUUCAUAAAUAAUGACCUAGUUUUUGACCCCACAUGACACAGUUGCACUCUUGACCUAGAGAUCAUCAAGACAAACAUUCUGACCAAGUUUCAUAAAGAUUGAGUCACAAAUGUGGCCUCUAGAGUGUUCACAAGGCAAAUGUUGACAGACGACGGACGUCACACGACGCGCGACGGACGACGGACGCCGGACAAAGACCGGUCACAAUAGCUCACCUUGAGCACUUUGUGCUCUGGUGAGCUAAAAAUGUUACAAUUCAUUUAAAGUAAUAAAAAAAAAACACUUCAAAGGCCCAUGUAUGAUGUUUGGGCUCCCGAUCCAAUUUUGUUUUUAAAUGCAUCAUUACAUUAUAAAAUAUGUCUAUUUUCUUGAUUUAGUUGCCAAAUAUCUGAAUAAAGUCAGUAUUUUAAAAAAAAUACUGAUUUAUAUAUAUAUGCGUCCAAGUGUGUGAAUAUUUGGUUUAUGAGGGGGUAUGAUUAAAAAAGUGCCAUACUGAAGUUAUUAUUUACUUAAAUUAGAACUUGACCUGAUCAUUCAUUGCUAAUACAGGGUACAAUUCAUUUUGACAUUUAAUACCCAUUAUAAUACUUGAAUAAGAAAAACAAUAUAAAGGGAGAUAACUCUUCUUUACUCAAAACAGCUGAAAAGUCAUUGUGUUCACUGCGGUAGCGCUUUCAUACUGUCGCACUGACAGACGGAAUGUGUGACGUCACGCUCUAUGUAUAGACUGGCUGAAAAGUAAGGUAAAAAUUGUAUUUUCUCAAUUUUUCAAAAUAAAGACACAUCAAGAAAUGUUUAUUGUUUUAUAUCUAUUUUAUCUUAUUUUGUAAGUUUAGAACUUGUCAUGGUUACAAAUCUAAUUACUUGUUACCAUGGUAACAGAUUGAUUUUGUAUGCAUUGUUUUUAAAAGCAUCCAUUAUUUCUCCUCAAAUGCUUGUAAAUGACCUUGUCAAAUCAGUGUAAAACAAACAGCAGGUUGACCUGAUACUAUAAGAUUUUCAGCAAAGCAUUUGAUAAAGUGAGCCAUGAGAAAAGUGUCAGCUGGACUUGGAUAUGGAAUUCAAUUCUUCCAAGUGUCAAAUUAUCCGCGUCAAAAGAAGGAAAUAUCCUAUUCCCUCAUAAUACCACCUGCAUAAUACAUUACUAGAAUCUGUCACCUCAACAGAAUACCUUGUCGUGGAUAUCUCAAACGAUCUGUCGUGGGACGCCCAUAUAAAUAGGUCAAAUCAAACUCCAUGGCAUAUCAGACCCUCGUCAGACCACAGCUGGAAUAUAGUUCCGAAGUCUUGUCUCCAUACACACAAACCAAAACAGACCAAAAUAGAAGCGGUCCAAAGACGGGCAGCACGUUGGGCUAUGUCUGACUUUGGCCGCAACUCCACUGUCACUGGCAUGCUAUACAGUCUAAAAUGGCGCAGGCUAGAUCUCCGGCGCCUUAACACCCGACUCUCUCUAAUGUGUAAAAUCUC